AUGGCUUUGUUUAUUUGGAAACUCUUCUCACUCUUUGCCGCCCGGUCUCAUCAAUUCACGGCCUAUCUCAUGUUUGCCGAAGACUAUAUACAGCGCUGGCUGUUCCUGUCUUCCCGCGGCUUCUCGCGCGCCACUCUUAUCAUCCUCGGCUUCAGCAUUCUUAACGUUGCUGCGUCUCUUUACGGGACUUUGCUCUGGGCACUUGACUCUCCAGGUUACAUCUUUAGGCAAUCCGACAUCACAGCCGCCGAAUACCAAGAUUUGCGCAACAAGAAUCCCCCUUAUAUCGUUCAGUUGCAUCUUGAUCCAGACAACCUUGAAGAAACGGAAGCGACCCUUUCGCAAACCGUAGGAUCCGAGCUUUUCCAACCCGGACUUAACUACACCCUGACUGGCGACGUCCAAAGAGGAACCCCCGAGAUCACCACACCAACGCGACAAGGCGAUGUCGGGGCGCGAAUCUGGCUUGACGACAAGGGUUUUUCGGUUUCGCCAGAUAGUUACGCCAUGUUCCCUGAUUCCGGCACCAUCGACGGCCAAACGUUCCCCGAUUGCAGAUACUUUGGCGGAGGUGCCGCUGCCUGGAACUGCACCUUCAACAGCACCUUUUCAGUGUCGAUCAUAGACACAAUUGUUGGGCAGCCCGAGGUACACUGGGACGACCAGUCGGAUUUGAAACUGGAUUCGAGAUACAUCAAACCGAACAGAGUCGACAACAUCUGGGCUUCCUUUGGAGCUGGCGGCGGGUCUGCGGUUAUGAUGCAGGUCUUUACUGUUACCAAAGGGACGAGGCGACAUACCUUUGCCGAGUCUGUGCUUCGAAUCACAAUGUUGACGAAUCCCGGUAUUCCUUUCUCUGUCAAGGACGUGGACAAUCUGGUACGGCAGACAUGGAGUACCAACGAGACCGAGAGAAAGGACCCUCUUAUCGACAAGAUUGUGGGCGGCAUGAUGAGAGCGCAGGAUGAGGGCCUCAGUUACCAAUUCGGAGCCAACUCGGCCGCCAACUCCAACCUCACAGUUCUUCAGUCCAGCUGGGGUUACCUGACUGCCGUCAACGGCGGCAAAGAUCUUUUCUCCCUCGUCAGUAUCACUGCAACCAACAUCACUCUCAUAAGAUCCGAAACCAUUGACAAAGCGCCAUCACCACUGGAGAAAUGCGAUCAGGGAUCAUUUCAGAAUGAGGCGUUUGGCGGAAAGGUUACCCAGACUGAUUGUGCGGCAUCCAAAAACGACAACGAAAGCAAUGAGUUCUUUGGUCAGGUCGAUACUGCUGCUGUUCUGAUAGCAUAUGGACUUGGCAACGGCCGCUCCAACGUCAGCUCAGAGUCCCUAAAUCAAGACGUAUUGUCCUGGACCGAGAACAUGUCAGCCACGCUGGAAAGCCUCCUCAUCGCAAGAGCCUACAUGGUCAGCGUUGAUCCGGCCCUAGUCACAAUCAGCGUUCAAAAGCUGAUGGUUGCCAUGUCUGGCCUACAACUCCUUCUCAGCGUCCUUGCUGCUGUUCUCGCAGGCGCCACGUGGCUCGCGUUAUCUUUCCUUGCCGACGCAUACUGGUCCAACACCUUCUUCGCAAGCGUGAUGCAUACCACUUUGGAGCGGAGCGGCAAGAGGUCUGGUUACGUGCACAAUCCGCAAAAUGUUGAACUACUGUCAGCAAGGGAUGGGGAAUCUAUCGCAAUAGCUGGUAGGGCAGUUGUCCUUCAAGAUCGACCUUCGGAUGGGUUCUUGGCUCAACAACAAUGGAUGCCAGGUAAUCAACCCGUUGCAUACUAUUCUCAAGUACCUAGUUACGCAGACACGAACUUCCCGCCUGAGCAGCGGAAACAAUAA